GUACUUCAAUUGUGGAUGGAGCAGGAAUGCAAAAUGUUGAUGAAGGUACAUGUCUAUGGGAAUGUAUGUCAAACGUAGUACAAGAUUUCUUAAUGAUGUUUUCCUUCAAAACGCUGUGAAGAAGCAUUUCGUGAUGUUAGUCUGUUGGCCAAAAGUUAUACAGCAAUGGCUGUCAGCAGCCAUCUUCUGCUUGGUUUUCAUGUCUUCAUGUUGUGCACCCACCGAGCCUACACUGAUAUUCUCCUAUGAUGAUAGUACUCCUUUCCCAAAUGCUGUCAAGUGUUUCACCUGCAUAGACAAGAAGAGUAACAGAGAAUGCAAUGAGAGAGCCUAUGAUGCAUUUUGCCCAAAAGGAACCAAAUACUGUUACUCAUCCCAUUAUGUGAACCAAAAGACUGGAGAAAGCAUAUUAGUCAACAAGAAAUGUGCUCUAACAGAAGACUGUACAACGAAUACAGUAGGCUGUACAGACACAAGCACAAAACAUGUACAGAGGUGUGUUUCGUGUUGUGAGGGUACACAGUGUAACGUCUUGUCUCCACAUAACUCCACAACAGCAGUCUUCAGCACGUUGACGCCGCUGAACACAGCACCACUCCUGAGAAUACCCAAUGUCAUUUUAAUAUUAGGACUAAUGACCGUAACAAGAAUUCUCAGGCUAAUAACGUAACACUGGGCUGACCAUGUAAAUAAUGGAUGUACAUGUACAUGUGUAGUUGAGUUCUUUGUCUUCUAGGAUGCUGUUUAGCCAAUCAGCUUGAAGUCAUGAGUUUUGUAUGCGUAUAUUGAAGCAGUAGCACUGUGGCUGACGCACAAAGUAAUGUGAAUGAAAUUAAUGCUAAAACAGAACCGUGCUCCUAUCAAACAAAUGUUGCCAUUGUUUGAUGUCUUUUUCUGCAUGUCCAAACUUUAGGUACAUUUGUAUGAGUGGAUAAUGCACCUUAGAUAUGUGAGAGUAAAUUUUGAUGAGUAAUGUCCAAGUUACAGAUUUGAGAAAAGUAGCAUCACUGGAUGUUUGGAAAUGUAUGGUGUGUUUGUGCUUGAAACAGAUUACAAACACAUGGAAAUUGCAGUAAGCUGAACUAAUCCCAUCUUCUUACUCGCAAUGUUCAUAUUUCCAUGUGUAUUUUUUGUGUGUCUCUUCUAAAAAUUGUGCUGACUUGGAUUGUGUAGAUAAAAUUGAUUGGAAAUCAUUGAUACAUGUAAGUUAUCACUUCUUUUGGAUUGUGAUAUGUAGUUUUGAUCUCCAGAUUGUAAGGCUGAAAUUGAAGACUAUUUUUUGGCCCAAUUUUGCUAAAGGGUUGAGCAUUCAAAUGGCUGAUUUGUUCACACUCAGUUUUUUCCUGAGUCAAUUAAUUCCCUUACCUGAAAAUUUUGGCCAUCAAGACGUCGUUUUUUUCCCUAGUUGCAGCAUGCAUGUGCAAGUUCACUGUGUUACUCCUGAUCCUGAGCAACUAUGUCAUUGGUAGUGCUUGUCCUGUUAGUUGGUAAAUAACUUCCUGCCAGUUAAGUUGGAGCAACUAAUCAUUCGGUUUUCUGAAUGCUCAUCUAGGAAUUUUUGUUUUUCUGAGUACACAGUUUUGGUGUGUUUGCUUCACUUUACUUUGACAGAGUUGUGUGUAUGGAAUUGAUGAUGAUUGUACGUGACUGAAUAAUCAUUACUGCCCUGAUAUGUUAAACAUUUACAAUGAAAGUCAGGUCAAACACAUCAAAAUAUGCAAAAACAACAUCCAAUUUGAGCUCAUGAUUUAUUAAUGUUCUAGAAUCAGCGUUUUGUCAUUUGUAGAGAGAAUUUGUAAAUUUUGUACAUUUAUAUUAUAUCAGUCUUUAACAGCUGUAUACAAUUGUACAUACAACCACUGUACCAAUGUGAGUUGUGCUUCAUGCAUAUUCAUGAUUUGCAUAUGCAUUGUUUAUAGUAAAAUUAAACUUAACACUUACUAUUACACCACUUUCAGUAACUUUUCUGUGUGACUGAAAACUUUGAAUAUUAACUGUAAAUGUCAGUUCUGAGAGUGAAUUUUGAAGGUACAUGUACAUGUACAUGUGCAUUGUUCACCUUACAAAUUAGAGUAUUCUAUUUACAGAAGCAAGUCUGAAAUUCCAGCCUGCAUGCACUAUCAAUAUACUCCACAGAAGUUCACUGAUGUGUCAAACCAUUCAGCAGUCAUAAAAUGGCCAGAUAAUUUUUAAGGAAGGAAAAUUUGGGCAAUAGAAGGAGAUCUGAUAAAAAGUUCCCUCAAUUAUAAUAUUGGUCAUGGGCACACUGAAUGUAUUUAUAAGUUAAUAAAAGUCAUGAAAGUCUCAUCUAGAAAAUGCUGCACCUUCAUGAGAAGGUACCUUUUAUUUCUGGAAAGGCAGAUGAAGAGUUUAUUUCCAACAUACAUGUAUAUGUUUUGGACAAAAGUGAUUGUUUUUCGAUUAUGAAAUAUGAAAGCAGUAUACUAGGUGUAUCUAAACUCCAUGUACAUGAAAUGCAUGCAUGUACGUAUGUGGAAACUUGCAGCCAGGAGAAGAUUCUUAAAGGGUACAAAAAUGACACUUGUAUCCACAUUUUUUAACACACUCUUCAAAUGGUGUUUUAUUGUCUCAGUGAAGGAAUUCUGCUUGAAUGUGAUGUUCCAAGAGUGGCAAGUUCCAAUGGGUAAUUGUAAAAUUGAAGGGUCCCGCCAAAAAGAGCCGCUAGAUUCCAAGAUGAAACGGUUACCAGUGGCCUAACUAUGAGACAGAGGAUGCCUCUAGCAUGUCUGCCCCCCCUUCCCUCAAAAAUAUACAUAUACAUGUAAGCUGCAGUUUAUUUGCUUGCAGCCCCUCCACAAACAAAUGGGUUGCAUAUUGCACCCCAACCCUAGUUUCACCCAAUUUACACCACUGGUUGUUACUACUGAAUUAUCUAUCACUUUGGUAAGCAGUCUCUAAUUUUCUUUUUUUCCUAGCAAGUUUUGUAUCACCUUGAAUACAUCCUGAUUGGUAUACAGAUAAAGGAAAGCACAAGCAAGAUAAAACCUUUUUAAAGCAGAUUUUUGUACUGAAUUGCACAACCGACAUUAUUUUGGCGAAUAAACAGAUCUUACAACUGUCAAAGUAUAAAACAAACUUACACCUCAGACUUAGACAAUGUUCAAACAUAAAAACCAACAUAUUACAUGUGUGGAUUAAAUUACUCUUAAGGCAUUCAGUAUUCUAAUACGUUCCCAAUUCCUUCCCUCUGUACAGUGUUUGUUCUGUAUCUGUAUUUUAUGAUGCUUUUGGGGGUUGCAUAUACAUGUCUUAUUUUAGAGAAUAAAAUGUUGUUUUCUUGAAAAAUGAACUCAA